UAUCAUCGCGCCUCAUUCACAUAACUUACACUGCCAACUCUUUUCCACGCUGCUCGGUGUGGAAAUUUCGGCCAGAGACACGACUAGACGAAACCCUACGCGCACGCAGUCAUUAGUUCGAGUUACAUGAAUGCAAGGCCGAUUGUCGCCGCCGAUUGUCGCCUAUCUAAUUUGGGCUAUCGGUCCGCCACUGCUUUCGUAGAUUUUCGCAGCGAAGAGCCCUCUUGCGGCCGUAUCUGUAUCCGCGUAAUGCUCCACUGCAACGAGUGACGCGAUGGAGCUUUGUUGCUAUGCGUGAGCGCCCACUCCCACGCAAGUCAACCCCGCCGUGCGCGGUGUGGAGUUUUACCAGCUUUCGCAAAUUGACAAUCUUAAGCGUAAUCGUGGUAUUGAAUUCCAGACUAGGCACCGACUGCGUUGCAGCUACUGCGGCCGGUGGCGAACGAGCGCUUCUGCACGCGCUGCAGCACGGGCUCUAUCAUAGCUCGAAUGCGACGCAUGUAGAUGAGCUCAUCACCUCAUUGGAGAAGGUCAUAUGGCACUCCAGGCGCAUCCUCAAAAGCGGCAACUUUCAGGAGCAUCAUGUCGCGCACACGAAAUUGGAGCACGCCAACCUCACCCAAGCCAGCGACCUCACAUCCUGGGCGCGCGCUGCAACGGCAUGGCUUGGAGCUGCAAUGCGCCUACAGGCAGGCGACGCCGCAGCGGCCACACAGCAGGGGGGCGGCAUCUUCGGUGGGGUUGCAGCGCGGGUGUCGCAUGCCCGGGAUUCACACCGUCGCCGGCGGCGUCAUUUGAGCAGCAGUGAGAACGUCUUUAGUACUAGGGAGGAUGACGGUGCCGAGGUAGUUGGUGACGAUGGUGGUGAUAGUAGCGCCAGCAGGCCGCGGCAGAGGCGCGUGUUGCACGGCACGCCAGCGGCGCAACCACAGCUAGCGGCGGCGCGUGUGCUCUCGGCAGAGUCUGCUUCUGCUGCCGCCGGCCGCCUGCUUCACAGUAGUGACGACAGUAGCAGCGGACCCGAUGCUGGCAGUAGCACCGGCGGCAACAACAGCAGUGCCACCAGCACCACCGCUGCUGCCACGCCCACGACGCAGCUCCCUGUGAUUCUCUCCUUCACGCCGGAGCAGGAGCGCUUAAGGCAGGGCUACCGGCAGCGUGCGGGGGAGCUGGCGCCCUCACCCUGGCCCGCCCAGCAGUUGACGCUGUUGGUGCCGGUAAUGCGGCGGCUGCUGCUGGCGCAGUUGCUCAAGGCCUGGCUGCGGGACAUGCGGCAGCAGCUGCCGGCGGAGCCGCAGGCGGCGCAGGCGCUGGCGGUGCUGAUACGCAAGCUGUUCGAAGUGCAUGUGGGCAGUGUGGUGCAGCGGGCGGCACUCGAGUACUUCCACAUCUCCAAGGCAGGAGGCACUAGCUGGACAGUGGCGGCCAAGAGCAACAAGUGCCCUCGGCCAGCGGCGAGGGGCUGCCGCGUGAAAGAGUUUGACGACUCGUGUCGCUGGCUCAACCGCACAGCACUGCUGGAUGUGGGCGUGCCACAGGGCCGCCACCACAAAGCGCCGUGGGGUCGCUACGGGCACGUGGACCGAAGCACCGAGUACGCCACGUGCGCCCAGCGGUACGAGUACGUACGGCGGCGGGGUUUCGUGUACACCACCAACGAGUACACGCUGCACAGAGACCUGGCGCCGGAACGCAGCCUGGAUGAGCGCGCUGAGGUGCUGAGUGCGGAGCAGGUGGUGGAACGGCUGCAGUCACCCGAGGGGCAGGAUGCGUGGCACUCGGCACACCUGUGCCCGCAGUUCGUCAACAUCCUGACCGUGCGGGAGCCACGGCAGCGGCUGCUCAGCAACAUCAACUUCAUGCUCCCAUUCCUGCAGAGCCAGCUGUUCCCCAUCCGCAAGCGGAACGACACCCAGUCCGCCGCCCAAGUCGCCGACUUCCAGGCCAUUUUCUGUAAUGCGCCGUCGGAGACGUGGGAGACCGUGGUGCCGCCCGUGGCUGACAACUACAACGUCCGGACGCUGUUGGGCGAGCUAGGGUUCCACCUGCCGCUGUGGUCCGUGGGUCCCGAGCACGUGGCCGCAGCCGAGUCCCAGCUGCUGCGUUUCGACAUGGUGAUGGACCUGAACGCGGGCAGUGGCGCCGCCGACCUGGUUCAGAAGCAGGGGCUGGGCUGGCACGUGACACUGGCCGAGGUUCAUGCCCUGGACUCCAGCCAACGGCAGGACCGCGUGCCGUGUGGUCUGGGCAACCUGACAAAGCUGCUGGAGAGGCAAGGGCCGGACCAGCAGUGGUACAGCUUCGCGCGGGUGGUGAGCUCGCUGGACCAAAGCUUCCUGGCUAUGGCACGUGGCUUAGGCCUGGAGCCCCUUGCUACAGCCGGCGUGGACCCCAUCGCGGCUGCAGCUGCUGCUACAGCCGCUGCCGCUGCUACUGCUCGGCAAAGAGGGGCGCCGGUGGAGGGAGACGGCGCUGCGGAGCCGGUGCCAGUGGAGGAGAGCACGCCGUGUGGGCUGCUGGGAUUGCUGGCGCCGCUUGCGUUGGAGGGGCCAGACGGCGUGCCGAUAGGGGCAGGUGUGGGAUUGGCCGUGGACGGCGUGGGGCAAGGCGGGGAUGACGAGGAGGACGAACGCGAGGAGUAGCGAGCGCAGUGGGCUGGGUUGCUAUUAUCAAGAACAAGAAAAGGUGGCUCUCCCUCGCAAGGGAAAUGCUGGCUGCGCCCAUGCCACGUUGGUGCACGUUGCUGGUCGGAGGCCAAUGGUUUCGAAACUACGGUACCUCAUCUCCCUAAUAUUGCCGAGGUCGGUUCGUACAGGCAUCGCUAGCCAUGUGUCCAGCCGCGUCCCGCUGUCAAGCACAAAGCACAGCAGGCGCAGGGCAACCACAUACAGGCUAUGCUCCGCUCGCCAGCAAAGUCUGUAAACCAGACACCAG